AUGAUUAAAUUCAAUAAAACAUUUUUCUUCGUUGUUCUAUUAUUUUUGACUUUUAUUCUUUUAUUUUUAUCAACCAAUAUUCAACGAACAGUAUUAAAUAAAAGUCAAGUUGAUGACUAUGAAUUAUCACGUAUUGAAAGUGAUGACUUUUUCUUUGAAACCAAUAAUGACUGGAAUCGUCGAAAAGAAUUAUUUCAUCUUCAACAUAAUCGUAAUCAAUAUUUUAAUAGCCCAAGCAUGUUUUUUCAAGAUAAUUAUGAGCCAACAUUUUCCUGUCGAUUCGAGCAACGUCUCGGUAUAAAUGGUGAUGGCGGAAAAUGGAUAUGUGAUGUUUAUCGUUUGAAACAAUUGAAAUCCUGUUUAAUUUAUAGUCUUGGUUCAAAUGGUGAAUUUAGUUUUGAAAACGAAACGAAACGGUUUUUGCCCAACUGUGAUAUACAUACAUUUGAUAUGAAAGUAUUUAAUUGUACAAAUAUUUGUACAUUUCAUCAAGUUAAAAUAGGUGAUGGAAUCAAUGAAACGAAAACGUUACGAAUGCUUAUGUCUGACUACGAUCAUACUCAACGAUCUCUUGAUAUCCUUAAAAUUGAUGUUGAAGGUAGUGAAUAUGAAUUCUUCGACGAACUAUUUAGCAAAAAGGAUCAUGUAAGUGAAAAUAUACGUCAGAUACUUGUUGAAAUACAUCUAUCAAGGAUACUGAAGCAGGUUAAUAAUGUAACGGUAUAUGAUUAUGAAAAAAUUCAUCGACUAUUCGAAUUAUUUCAUGAAAAUCAUUUUGUUAUAUUUCACAAAGAAGUUAAUUUAUACAACCCACAUAAUGCAUUCGAAUUUAGUUUCAUAAAAUUAAAUAGAAAAUUUUUCGAAAAUAAUAAUCAAUCAACAACGCCAUGA